GCGGCCCCGGCGUAUCGCGCCUGCGCAAGAAGCGGUGCAUUUCGGGACUUGUAGUUUUCCCUGCGGCCUUGUGGGCGUCGUGGUUUGGACGCCGAGGGGCACAGGAAGGAACCUACCUACGCGACCCGGAGUGGGUAUGGUCCCGACGCUCCCUGAGGGGGCCCGCCAGCGUGCAUAGCUUCUUCAUCUGGAGCUCCAGGCCUCCCACUCUUGGAGCUGAGGGCCCUGCCUGUUUCUUCCUCAGGUGCCGUGCUGAAGGGCCCCACCCCAGGGGAAGAGCCUUCCCGGGUCCAGCAUGAACUGGAAGGUCCUGGAGCACGUGCCCCUGCUGCUGUACAUCCUGGCGGCCAAGACCCUCAUCCUCUGCCUGGCCUUCGCGGGCGUCAAGAUCUACCAGCGGAGAAGGCUGGACGCCAAGCAGCAAAGCCUGGGGCCCGCCCAGAAGCAGCCGGCCGAGAAGAGGAAAGAUGACUGAGCGGCAGUGUGGGGUUCCUUUCUAGAUCUGGCCGCCGGAAUACCAACAUGGGUGGAUGCACCCCGGCAGAGCAGGAAGAGGAGAGAGACGUAAUCACUGGCCAUGUGUCCGAGGACAAGCUCCAAACGCAGAGUUGGAACUUCAAAUGAUGAGAAGUUUUAUAUGCUCGAAAAAGAGCUGGCAUUUUUAUUAAAGUAAAAUACCUUUGUACAAAGGG